AUGCAAGGGGAGAGCCUAACGAUGCGUGACAAAGAAGGGAAGAUACUUGUUAAGGCAACAAGGUCUAAGAACAGGCUCUACAAAGUCCGUAUGGGUAUAAUAGACAACACACGGCUGAACCUAACCGAGACAAGUGGAUCAAGCAGGUGGCAUUCAAGGUUAGGACACAUUAACCUUGAUGCGUUGAAGUUAAUGAUGCAGAAGAAGCUGGUUUUCGGAAUCCCUAGUAUGACUAUAGAGAAGAAACUCUGUGGACCAUGUCUACUAGGAAAACAAGCAGACAAGCAUUCCCGCAAGCAACGACAUUCAGAGCAAGCAAGAACUUGGAACUUGUCCAUGGAGACUUGUGUGGACCAAUAA